UGAAUUAGCAAAAAAGGCGAAUUUGUUUCACUCACUGCUCGGUCCGAGAAAUUUGUUGCUCUUUUUCCGAACAAUAAAUUGGAUCAUCUACGGGAUACGGCCGUCAAUCACAUUGCCAAUCAGACAUCAAGUGGAUUCGCACCGCGACCUUUGGAACCAAAAAAACACAGCAAAACGCGUGAAGCAUGGACAAGACUGUACAAUAUGGAGGUGUUGAGGGCCCCGAUGCCAUGUACGUGAAACUCAUUUCGAGUGAUGGCCACGAGUUUAUUGUGAAACGCGAACAUGCCUUAACCUCGGGAACGAUCAAAGCAAUGUUAUCCGGUCCCGGGCAAUUUGCCGAGAACGAAGCGAACGAAGUUAAUUUUCGCGAGAUACCAUCCCACGUUUUGCAAAAGGUCUGCAUGUACUUUACGUACAAGGUUCGUUACACAAACAGCUCAACUGAAAUCCCAGAGUUCCCGAUUGCCCCGGAAAUCGCGUUGGAACUAUUGAUGGCCGCCAAUUUCCUUGACUGCUAAAUCAAAAAUGCAAAAAAACGAUGACGAUACGGCGAUUUAUGGACUACGAUGCACUGGAUACCAAUCAAACUCAAGUAAAACAGCCAAGUAGAGUUGUGCAGACACUCUCAACAACAAAUUCAUAUAUUUAUAAAUAAUUUUUUUCGGGUGUUGAUGUGUCGUUAACUUUUGUAACAUGCAGAAAUGGUGAAAAAUCAAGACGAAACCAGAGAAAAUCGAAAAGAAAAGAAGACGGAGAUCAUUACUUAUAUUAGUACAUAUUAUUUUUAUUAUCAUUACGCUUAGCAAAUUGCAUUCAGUAGCCAAGGAAAGCAACCAAUACCGAUAAAUGGGGAAGAAACAUAAUUAUUUUUAGUGGUAUAAUUUAUUUUGUUCUACCUUUUCUAAUUUCCUUACUACAAUCAUCAAUUUCUGUCCUUUUUGGUGUUAGAUUUAUAGACAAAAAAAAAAACAAAUUCACAAACACACUUUUGAUAAGACGUACAUUGACUUUCUUUGAU